AUGAUAAAUCAUGGAUCGUCAUUACACUUCUCAGAGAUGGGUCUAAAUCAUUUGGUAGAAGAUUUACAUGGAUAUCUAAAAGACAAGAAUAUAUUAAAGAAUUUAAAUAUAUCUUAUGGUCGAGAUGGAACAACAACAACAAAACAAAAUAGAUUGUCUAUAGUUGGUCACUCGGUUGGUGGAAAGGUUGGUGCUUUAUAUUCACUUUAUAAUCCUCAUUUGGUUGAUGGUUUGGUUUGUGUUGAUGUUGCAAUGACAAGUUAUGUUGGAAUUCAUAAUCAUAAUUCAAAAUUUGAAGCAAUGAUUAAAGCAUCUGAAACAUUCUCUGAUCCAACAACCAGUCGUCAAUCAAUUGAAUCUAUAAUGGAAUCUUACCAUUUAGAUAAAGGUGAAAGAUUAUAUUUAUUAAAUAAUUUGGUUGAAUCUACCAACAACAACAACAAUGGUCCAAAAUUUAAAUGGAGAAUUAAUUUAAAAACACUUUAUAAACACCAAAAUGAAUUACUAUCAUUCCCAGAUAAAUCAAGUUUAAUUUAUAAUUAUUCCCAAGACCUCGAAGAUCCUUCAUCCACCACACCAACAUUUAAAAAACCAGUAUUGUUUAUUGGAGGUAGUGAAAGUCAUUAUUUAAAGUCACCUCAUUCUGAAUCCAUAGGUCAAUACUUUCCACAACACAGUAUCGAAUUUAUCAAAGGUGGUCAUUUCUCACAUGCUCAAUCCCCUCGUUCAUUUAUGAAUGAACAACCAAAAUUUUUAAAUCCCCAAGUUUCAAAAGAGGGUAAUGUACAAGUUUAUACAUUCCAACCAGAAGAACCAGAAUUAUAUACUUAUUCAAACGGAGUAUUAACACAUCACAACAAACCAGAAGAAAAAGAUCCCCAAACCAAGUCAUUCGAUAAACCAAUCCAAAAGUCAUUUGAUAACAAACCAACAUCAUCAAAUUCUCCAGUACUCAAAGAAUCAUUAAAGAAAAAGCAAGAUCAAGAAGGCCAAGGCACAGUACUAGGACAAGCAUCAAAAAAGGGUAAAUCCAAAAAAGAUAAAAAGAAAAUGGAUAAAAAAGAUCAACUUGAACAACAUGAUGAAACAAAACCAUCAAAAGAUAUGAAUCAAAAUGGUCCAGGAUUAAAGGAAAUUCAUCGUAAUCCAAAUGUUGGUAAAGAACAAUACUUUACAAGUUUCCAAAAAUAUGUAAACAAUUCUGGUCAAGAUCACCAAUAA